ACUCUUCUUCUUCUUUCUCCUUCAAUGGCAUCAUUGACUGAUCUGGGUUUGUGGGUUCACUCGAAAAUCAAUUCUUAGUGUCAUCACCCUCCACGGCGAAUCUCCGGUCACCACCCUCCACGGCGAAGCUCCGGUCAUCUUUGUUGCAUCAGACAAAGCUCGCUCUCAUCACCCUCCACCUUUGUUAAAUCAAACCAAGCUCUCCGGCGAUCUCUCUCACUCUCAGGCUCCAUCUCCGGCGACCUCUCUCACUCUUAGUCUCCAUCUCCGGCGACCUCUCUCUCAAGACAAUGAGCUUUGAUACUCCAAAUCUGAACCUGAUUGAAGAUACUCCAAACUUUUAUGAUGAUGAAGACAUGGAACAUGAAGACAUGGAAGAUGAAGAUACUGAUGGGGAUCAGGAUCAGGAGGUCCAUGAAGAUACUUCAAUGCCUCAAGAAAGCGGUUCUUCAGAGAUCAGGAGGUCCAGUGGUAGCAGUUCAAGUAGACGUCGUGCUAAGUGCUGGAAGAACUUCACACCAGGAGAGAAGCAUUCUGAUGGCAUGACUGAUGUUACAUGCAACUACUGUCAGAAGCAUUAUCGCCUGAAUCUGCGUCGAAAUGGUACUAAUACCAUGAAUCGUCAUAUAAAGACUUGCUCCAAAACUCCCGGAAGUACUCCUAGAAGUGGUUAUAAGAAGCUGGACAUGGAAGUGUUCCGAGAGAUGAUUGCUGUGGCUCUAAUUCAGCACAAUCUUCCUUACUCUUUUGUAGAGUAUGAGAAAAUAAGAGAAGCCUUCACCUAUGUUAAUCCUUCCAUAGAGUUUUGGAGUCGCAAUACAGCAGCGUCAGAUGUCUACAAGAUUUAUGAGAGGGAGAAACAGAAGCUUAAGGCAGUCUUGGCUAAAAUCCCUGGUAGAGUUUGCUUAACCACAGAUUUGUGGAGAGCCAUAACAGUAGAAGGCUACAUGUGCUUGACAGUACACUACGUGGAUGUAGAUUGGGUUUUGAAGACGAAGAUCAUAUCUUUCUGUGCUUUUCCGCCUCCACACACGGGUGUUGCCAUAGCUCUUAAGCUGACUGAGCUGUUAAGAGAGUGGGGCUUAGAGAAGAAGGUAUUUUCUCUGACAGUGGAUAAUGCAUCUGCCAAUGAUAAUAUGCAAGGCAUUUUGAAGAGGAAGCUACAAAAGGAUUUGGUGUGUAGUGGGGAAUUUUUUCAUGUGAGGUGCUCAGCGCAUAUUCUGAACUUGAUCGUGCAAGAUGGUUUAGCUGUUAUCAGUGGAGCUUUAGAUAAGAUUAGGGAAACCGUUAAGUUUUUGAAAGGAUCUGAGUCUAGAGAAAUUACGUUUCAGAACUGUAUUGAAACAGUUGGAGUCCCAGCUGAAGUGGCUAAAGCGGGUCUGAUUUUAGAUGUCACAACUCGCUGGAACUCCACAUACUUCAUGCUCGAUAGGGCUAUUGAUUUUAAGGAGGCCUUGAGAAACCUUAAAGAAGUUGAUAGAAGCUACAAGAGCUUUCCAUCUGAGCUAGAGUGGGACAGAUCAGAACGGAUUUGCAAGCUAUUGGAACCAUUUGCUGAAGUCACAAAGCUCAUCUCUGGUUCAUCUUACCCGACAGCAAACUUAUACUUCAUGCAAGUGUGGUCGAUUAAGUGUUGGUUGAGACGUCAUGAAGAUUCAGAGGAUCGAGUCAUUCGUGAAAUGGUGGAGGCUAUGAAAGAGAAAUUUAACAAAUAUUGGGAAGAGUUCAGUGAUAUAUUAGCAAUUGCAGCAGUUCUUGAUCCUCGGCUUAAGUUUGCUUUUCUAGAGUAUUGUUACAAUAUUCUAGAUCCAGAAACUUGCAAAUUGAACUUGGUGUAUAUUCGUGGCAAGCUGGUCAAGCUGUUUGGAGAAUAUAAGAAAGACACAGGCGCCACUACUAGUGCAUCUACUUCACAUGCUCCUCGACACAUCCCUUCAGGAUAUGGUGGCUUUUAUGCUUACUUCUCUCAAAAGACUGGUGGUAGUGGGAAAUCACCAUUAGACAUAUACUUGGAUGAGCCAGUGGUUGAUAUGGAAAGCUUUUCAAGUUUGGAUGCUAUAUCAUAUUGGAAAGAUAAUGCAGGCCGCUUCAAAGAGCUGUCUUCAAUGGCCUGCGAUGUGCUGAGCAUCCCUCUCACAACGGUGGCAUCGGAAUCAUCCUUUAGCAUCGGCAGCCGAGUCCUCAACAAGUACCGAAGCUGUCUCCUACCCACAAACGUUCAAGCUCUUAUCUGUGCAAGAAACUGGUUCCGUGGAUUUCAAGAGAUAGGAGAUCAUGAGAUUGAGCUCAGCUCUGAGCAAAGAGGAUGAUCAAGGAUUCAAGGUUGCUGUGAAGCUGUUUGGCUCCACUUGCAAAAUAAUGAAGAUUGAAACUUUUAAACUCAUUGGUUUGGCAUGAACGUUUACUCAUUGCUUUCUAUUGUUUACUCAUUUUUUUCAUUGUUUCAAACUUUUAAACUCACUAGUUUCAUUGUUUCAUACUCAUUGUUCUCAUUUUACAGAUUUUAUAAAAUUUAAAUAAGUACAAA